GCUAUUGCUCUUAGCUUGGCUGGGGCGAAAUUGCGUUCGCGACCGGAGCCGACUGCAACAGACGGUCAGCGCCCAGCCGAAGUUCCCCAUGGGCGGGGGCGCUCAUGGCACUUGCAGCCGUUGCUUUCCCUGCACCUGCCCCUGCCCGUGCGCAGCAGCACUCUACAUUCAUCGCUCGACGUAGGCCGUGCUAACACUGUGGUUCGCUGACGCGUGCACGGAGCAGAAGCAUGUGCUGAGGCCGUGGACAGGGGGACCUCAUCAGGACGCGGCACGCCAGAGCUAGCGAGGGGGCCUCCGGGACCGUUGAGGAGUUUGAAGCACACAUGCUGCCUGGAGUUUGCGGGCUCUACUCAGGACCCCUGCUGUGGGGCGUGACGGUGCUGCAGCGGCUCCCCCCCUCUCACUCACCCCACCAUCCGUAUGGCCUCCUGAGCGCCGCCGCCUCUGCACUGGUGUUGGUCCAGGGCAUGAGUGGCACGGGCCGAGCCCCGUCAAGGGGCCAGGCAGCCGGGCGCGGCGGCCUGUGGGCGCUGUGUGCGGCGUUGGGUUUGUGGCGCGACAGCUCUGUCGACUGGGCCCCCUCUGGCUGCUGAGGCGGGUGCUGGUGCGCGGCGGCGGCGGCGCGGAACGCGGGCAGUGGCGCGGUAAGUGGCAAUGGCACUGGGAGACUGCCGUACGUGUGGUUGGGCUGGGCGUGGGUCUCUGGACCUGAGGCGGUACGGAGGGGUCGUGGCCUGGCACACACAGGGUGAAGGUGCAGAUGGUAAUGCCAUGGCCAGGCCAAUGUGGCGAUUUGUACAGCGUUGGUGAUGGGGUUGCCGACGGGGUUGUACAGGGCUGAGGAAGCUCCGGGAUGCGAGUGCUUCGUGGAAGGUUAUGUGCCACAAUGCUAGUUGCCCCUGCUCCCAUGCGAGCGCCGCCACGUUUACUGGCGGUCUGUGCGAGGUGCGUAUGUCGGAGCGUAUGCGGGCAUGAGACUCACCCGCGCAUGGGAGCGACGAUGUGACGUGGUGUACAGGUUGAACGGGCCUAGUUCGGGGGCAGCAAAAUGUGCGAGGGGCGGCAUUGCGGGCAGGUAGGACUGGGGUGCCGCCUGGCUGCCCCACAGGUACGGCGGCGGAGCUAGCGGCGCAGUCCUUGGCGCUAGCGGCGAGGAGGAGGAGGCGGACGGGUGGCAGACGCGCGACGGGGCUGACGCGGAGCACUGCCAGACGGGGACGCGGACACGGCGCGCAGGCCCCUCAUGGGCUGUGGUGGGGCCAGGGGCACUGCAGGCACUGUGAGUUGGAGCCAGGGAGGUGAAGUUCAAGCGGGGUGCCUGAGGGAAGGAACUUGGCAGGGCGCGCCAGGGGCUGCUGCCGACAGGUGGGCUGCACCCAGGACUCGGGCAUUAGCUUCACGCGCAAGGGAGCACGACUGGCAGCACUUCUACUGACGCACGGGCACUGGGUUAUGCAAGCGCCCCCUUGCUGCCCUCGUGGUCUCGGUGCCGCUACGUGCGGCAACACAGCUUGCUGGCAGCCGGCGGCACAGGCAGCGCAUGCCAGCACGUGGCAUGUGGGUCCGACCCACUGCGUGCUUAUAUGUGCCGGGACCAUCGGGCUGGAGCCCUGGGCCGGAGCGCCGUUGCGGCUGGGGCGCCGCGGUAUGGCGUGGGGUGCUACACGGCCAGUGAUUACAACGUAUGCGUGUGGGAACCUGCGUUUGCACAACUGUAGCUGGCUGCGUUGCCCGUCGGGAACCGACACGUGGCUGGGGGGUGGGGCAGGGGCGUGGAUCACGGUACUUGGAUGGCGCUGCUGGCGGUGCAUGGCCACGGACAAGAGCUCGGUGGUUCUGACCGCCAUUCACAGCACGCUUUAAUCAUCCUGACCA